GUGGCGAUGAUCGAAAUACGAGGGUGCGCACCCUCGAUCCUCAACUAGGGUCACUGGCUGGCGAUCUCAGCGUCGAGUCAGCGAGAAGCUGGACCAGCGGUAGUUCUGUCGCGCUCACUAGGAAUUGGAAAGUCCUCAGGCUUUCUGACACGGCGUCACCGAGAUGAAGGCCGCUACAACCCCGCUGUACAUUUGUCUUCGGGCGACAUACCGCCACUCCAGGGUGCAAUGCUCUGGCCGAUACCAGCUUCGCGCUGAACUAGAAGUACCAACAAUGAAGUCAGUAGUCAGCGCCACUGACACGCUCUUUCAGAAAACCAGAAAGGACGGCGUACUCCCACGAAGUCAUGUAUAUAAGGUCUCCCGUCUCUUGUUGCAUGGCAGGCAAAGACCCCUAGCAGCAGCCAUGUCUACAGUGUCUGAUCCAAGCAUCCCUCUACUCAAGAAGGACUCGCCAGCUAAGGCCAAACCGAUGUGGAAGUUAUACUUGGAACUGAGCAGGUUGCAUGUUUGGCCCGGAGGAACCAACUUGUUCUUCCUGCCGUGCGUUUGGGGCUAUCUCCUGGCUUCCCGCAACAAUCCUCCACAAGCGGACACGCUUAUCCGUCAUUUCGUGUUGCUUUUGGGCUUCUCUACGCUCAUAGGCAGCGCUACUUGCGUGAUCAAUGACAUUUGCGACCGGGAGCUCGACCGUCUAGUAGAACGGUGCAAGACCCGUCCGAUCGCGUCUGGCGCAGUUUCGGUCUUUGGAGCAACGGUCUUCCUACUGGUUCAAGUCGGUCUCUGUGUAUGGAUCCUCACCAUGCUUAACCCUACUGCCAUGAUAUGUGGCCUCUUCGGUCUCUUCGUGUUCCACGGCUUUUACCCGCUGAUGAAGCGGUUGACCAAUUGGCCCCAAGCAUAUCUGGGCCUUGCUAUGAACUGGGGCCUGCCGACUACGUGGCUUAUCAUAGCGCCGCAGGACGUGAGUUCGCCCGUGCCGUGGGUGCUUACUUUCGGAGCGUUGUGCUGGACAAUGGUGUACGACACGAUCUACGCUUGCCAGGACCGCGAGGACGACAUCAAGGCAGGCGUCAAGUCUACUGCUGUCCUCUUCGGUUCCUGGAUCAGACCGAUUCUCGCCGUCUUCGGCAUCAUGUUCAUUGCGACCCUGGUGUACACUGGCAUCGAAACCAACAUGACCCUCCCUUACUACGUCAUCGGGGUCGCCGGGACCGCUUUGCACACCCUCUGGCAGGUGACGACGUUCGAUCCCAACGAUGGUCUCGAUUGUGCCAUGAAGUUUGUGGGUAACGGUAACCUCGCCCUCAUCUACACCGUGGGCUUGAUUGCCGCGAUAUAUAUGCCGGACCUGUUCAAGUUCUAGUUGAUCUCACAGGUUGCAACAUCGACGUCCUACUGGCUAUCUGCGCAGUCCACGGAUCCAUUCACUGUCCUCCGAAUCAUCUCGCGUCAUGACUGAAUUCACAUUCCUGUCGUCUUGCUCGAUUGAAAACGCAUUGCAUCGAGAUGUACGCGGUCGUAUUUUUGUAUUAUCGUGAUCAACUUUGAGAUAGAAACCUGUACAUUUUUGUCAGCACUGGCAUAAUGACUGAGACUCCCGGGCCCUUGAAUCACACAUAUCUCGUCGAUGGUGCCCGCCGCGCUGCGUACCGUGCCUUGACAUGCAACUCACGGCGGCACAACAGAUUCAAGUUGACAUCCGGAUGGCUCGAAGCGUCACGC